CCUAUCUUUCUCGGUCUUCAACUGCUGUCUCUGCAAAUGCAACCAGAAGAUCCAAUUCCUCGGACCCCAAAACACAGAUAGGAUUAGGGUUAGGGUUAGGGUUACGAUGAAGAGAAAUUAUUCCAAACCUAACACGAAGGCUCCGUCGUGGAUUCCAACUCUAUCUCAGCCAGACAUGAACUGCGGCGGGAAAAGAGUGAAAUUUACAGAUACUGAUUCUCCUCUAAAUGUCCAGGCUCCAAGAUCUGAUGACGUGAAAACCUCUGAAUUUGCCUUCUUUAAGAAAUUUAAGGAAGAUGCAAGUAAAACAUUUGUUUCUUCUUUAGCACAAAAUGCGCCGAACCAAACCGAAAAUUUCAAUUCAGUGAACGAUUCUAGAGAAAACAUCAACGUUCCCAAUAAUAGUUGCAAGGAAAAAGUCAAUUCCUUAUUGCUCAUUGAAAAUGCUACACCAGUUCAGUUCGCCUCAUUUCACUCACCCUUUGGUAGUGCUGGGACACGACAAAACUCAGAUGUACGUAAGAAGAAAGCUUGUUCAUCCUUGGAGGAUGUCUUUUGGAAACCGAAAGAUAUGGAAGAAUAUGGUCCCAACUCAAGGUCCGAGGGAACUCAGUCCAGACAUGCAGACAUUUUUAGCAGAAAAAGAGAGAAACUAAAUCGUUGGGUUACAGAUGUCUCUUUUCCUGAAAUUGAUGGGCUCUGUUCAAAGGGGUGUGAUAUUGUUCCUGUGCUUCUCAAGCGGCUGGUCCCAGAGUUCAAAGACAUCAAUAUUGUCAAUGAUAAAAAAUUGGGACAAGAAGAGAGUGAUAUCGAAUCUCAAUUACGGCCAUCCUUUGAGUCAGAUAUUUACUGCAAUAGACUUCAGUGGACCCCUAGGCACUGUCCGGAAAUUGAAUGUGAUCCAUAUCUUGAUGAUGAUAUACCAAAUCCUUUGUGGAACAGAUCAAGAGGGAGGAUUCUAUUAUUGGAUGCUCCAUUACAUCAUGAUAACGAUGCCCCUCAUUAUUACUAUAAACCAUGGGACUUUGGAUUACAUGAAGGAGAGCUGCGCAUUGAUAGUGAUUCAAGUUUUGUGUAUCCUGUCAGAAAGCACAGAUCCGUUGAACUCUUGGAAGAAUUGGACGAAUUCUAUCAGUCAAAUAGAAAUUUGGUUGGAAACCAGUCAAAUGCGCCUGCAUUGGAUUGGAAUUAUGACAAGGAGAAAUUUGGAAGAACCUUAUCUAUUAUUAGUUCCCAUGAUAUAGAGCCAAACAGCCAUCGCUCAUCAUUGGCAUGGAUUGAUGAUGAUGAUAAUGGAUCUUUCGCUUCAUCGAAUGUUCACAUUAAUGAAGAACCUGAAUAUUCGUUGCCAAUGUCUUCUUCAAGUUACCACCACAACCAUGACCUUAGAGUAGAGAUUCUUGAAGACCAAGAAGAUAUUCAUACACUACCAGAUUCAAACCACCUUCCCUUGACCCUAUCACGCAGACCAAACUAUUUUGGCCCAGAUGAAUAUUUCUAUGAUGACACUUGUUUUCCCCACCAAGACCACUGGAGUAUGAGCAAACUUUUUAGUCAAGUGCAUCAUUAUCCUCCACAGACAAAAACUCUUCAAUCAUCUGAACUUGCUCUUAGUUUAGGAUGGAAGUGUUUUCCAGAAGAGAAUCAUUCAUCUUCUUAUCUUGCCCUUGAAUAUCCUGGAGAAAGUAGAAACCAAAGAAGAGAUGCUUCUCACUAUAACGUGUUUGAUGAGUUCGAGAGUUGCCUGAAUGAUUCCAGUCGUAGAGGAACACUUGCUCAUUUCAGUGAAGACUCUGAAGAUAGCAUUCGCAUCCAUGACCGGUCGUCCUUGUGUUACCAGGUAUCAAGCCAUUACCCUUGAUAACAUAGCUAGGUAGAUCGAUAGAUAGAUACAAGUGAAACUUGUGUGUUUAUGAUAGUUAAGUCGAAUGCUUUUUGAUGAUACAAUAGAUUUUCAAUAGUUGUUACAUUUUGUCCAUGAUUCCAAAUUAGUGUAAUUUUUAGAUUAAAAUAGUGUGACUUUUGCAACUCAUGUUAUAUAUAAUGUUAUCUUUCUUUCUUUUGUAGAUUGUUA